AUGGUCAUGCUCUCUCCCAUUUUCCUCUCUCCCUGUUCACUGUGUGUGGUGUUGUCGGGCACACCGAGAACAAUGGCAACGGCAUUUCAACCUGUUGUGGUCAAGCAGUACCCGCGACUCGUCAAGAGUCAGCCUGCGCAGGAGCGCUACUGGUCACAGCUUCGGGUUCCCGUGGUGCACAAGGAGAAUGGUCACGUGUUGAGCACAGCCUAUUCGCCCACGGCACCUCACAAUCUGGCUGUCGCUGCUGGCGCUCAAGUUGUCAUUUAUGAAGCUCGAACUAACCGUGUCAAGCACACGCUGACUCGAUUCAAAUCUGAUGUCACGAGCGUGGCCUACCGAGAGGAUGGCAAGCUUCUAGUUACUGCCACACGUGACGGCGGCGUGGCUCUUCAUGAUGCUGCCGGUCGCUCAACGCUGCGUCGCUUCGAUGCCCAUAGCAGGGCGUCAUUUGUGGCCAAGUUUUGUACCGACACGACGCGAGUGUUCAGCGGAGGUGAUGACAGCCUGGUCAAACUUUGGGACGUUGCGAUUGAGCAAGUGGUCGCUACGUUUGAAGGUCAUGAGGAUCACGUUCGUGCCGGUUGUGCUGUGCCCAACGGCGAUACCUUCUUGACUGGUAGCUAUGACCACAAAGCUCGACUUUGGGACCCGCGCAUGUCCACGUGUGCCAUGACCUUUGAUCAUGGUGGUCCCAUCGAAUCCGUCCUUGCCUUCCCGCACGGUGCUCUUGCCGUCACCGCUGGCGAGAACCGCUUGCAAGUAUGGGACCUUGUGGCCGGUGGACGCAUGCUGCAAAGCGUGUCAAACCAUCAAAAGACCAUUACCGACAUUUGUCUCGAUGGCUCUGGCCACCACUGCUUUUCCGCAGGCCUUGAUCGCAUGGUCAAGGUGUAUGACGUGUCCGACUGGCGGGUUCUCAACAGUUUCAAGUAUUCCAACCCCAUUCUUUCUCUUGAUGUGGCGCCGGAUGACUCGCACCUGGCUGUUGGUAUGACUGCGGGACUUUUGAGUGUUCGGCAUCGUGCCAGUGUCAAGUCGGGGGAUGCCGACAAGGCAGAUCGUGUGCCUCGCAAGGCUCCACGUGGUGGCACCUACCGCUACCGUGUGCGGGGUUUGCAAUAUAAGCCUACGGCCGUGGACACUGUCAUUUCAGGCAACAACCGUCCCAAGCUGAAGGCGUUUGACCGCCAUUUGCAAAAGUUCCAUUAUGCCGCCGCCCUGGACUCUGUUUUUGAACGCCACUACUCGUCCAUCAUCGUUGCCAGUGUGUUGCAAGAGCUGUCCGAGCGCAAUGCUCUUCACUCGGCGUUGGGUGGGCGUGACGAGUCAUCUCUCGUCCCCAUCCUCAAGUUUUGUGUCAGAAACAUUGACGACCCUCGACACACGCGUCUUUUGGUGAUGGUGUCGGAGGUGCUCUUGGACCUGUAUGCACCCGGCCUGGGCCUUUCGGCGCAGGUCGACGAUUACUUUUUGCGCUUGCGCGACAAGGUGUCUGCCGAGCUGCAACUACAAAAACAGCUCAUCGCCCUUCAAGGCAGUCUUGAGCUGCUUCUGGGCGUGUCCGAGCAGUAAUUGUCUCUUUUUUUUCUCCCGUCUUCCUUCUUUUUCGUCUUUUUUUUUUUCGAGUAGUCACGUUACCCGCGUGAUGAGCGCAAAGCGUUUCUUUUUCUCUUCCUCACUCACAUCUUUUGCUUGUAAAUUUUUUUUUUUUCUGAAGAUGAUGAGCAUCUGGAUGUUCAUCUGUUAGCUGAGCUAACCUUCUCUUCAUGCGCGAUCCCUUGUGGAGCACAGCACACCCCUAAUCGAUGCUACCAACUUC